GGGCACCCCAGGGCCUGAGACCAGACCUGGGACCCCGCCCCGGACGGCCGCGGGGUCCCCGCUGCUCCUCCCACCCCCCCCCCUCGCUGCAGCAGCGGCGCAGGGGACGGGCGGAGGGCCGGGCAGGGGCGGCAGCCGCAGCUGUCCCCUCCCACCUCCCGCCAGCGCGAGCUUCCCCGCGCCGCGCUCCCGCCGCAGCCGCGCUUCCCCGCGCCAGCGAGCCAGCGAGCGAGCGGGCGAGGCCAGCGCGGGGGCCGGGCCGCUUCCUUCUUGCCACCGCGGCGUCCUGGGGCGGGCUCCAGCCGCGAUGGCAGAGGCUGAGCGGGGCUGAGCCCGCAGCCACCCGCAGCCCUCGGGCCCCCUUGAGUCCCUGCCAUGGCGAAACAGUACGAUGUGCUAUUUCGGCUACUGCUGAUCGGGGACUCCGGGGUGGGCAAGACCUGCCUGCUGUGCCGCUUCACCGACAACGAGUUCCACUCCUCGCAUAUCUCUACCAUCGGUGUUGACUUUAAGAUGAAGACCAUCGAAGUAGACGGUAUCAAAGUGAGGAUACAGAUCUGGGACACAGCAGGGCAGGAGAGAUACCAGACUAUCACAAAGCAGUACUAUCGGCGAGCCCAGGGAAUAUUUUUAGUCUACGACAUUAGCAGUGAACGCUCUUAUCAGCACAUCAUGAAGUGGGUCAGUGACGUGGAUGAGUAUGCUCCAGAAGGAGUCCAGAAGAUCCUCAUAGGGAACAAGGCUGACGAGGAGCAGAAACGGCAGGUGGGGAGAGAGCAAGGGCAGCAGCUGGCUAAGGAGUAUGGCAUGGACUUCUACGAAACAAGCGCCUGCACCAACCUUAACAUUAAAGAGUCCUUCACUCGUCUGACGGAGCUGGUGCUGCAGGCCCACAGGAAAGAGCUGGAUGGUCUCAGAACAUGUGCCAGCAAUGAGCUCGCAUUGGCAGAACUGGAGGAAGACGACAGCAAACCUGAGGGCCCAGCAAACUCUUCAAAGACCUGCUGGUGCUGAGGGUCCUGUGUGGAAUCUCGCCCCGCCCCCCAAUUCCCCUUCCCUCAGGAGGCCCGUGGAGGCAGGGAGUCUGGGCUUUGAGCACCACUGUCCUUUCAUUUGACAAUCCUGUUGAAAACCAGUAGCUGCUACUUCCCUGCCUGGCCCUGUGAGCAGCUCUGCUGUGGUCUCUGAGCAGCCUCUGCCCCUAGCCCCUCUAUCCUGGAGAGGUAACCUUUCAGCCUGUCUCCCAGCCGCAGGCCAGCUGUGACCCCAGAAUGUGCUGCUGACCGUCUCACCAGCCCAGGCUCAUGGGACAACGGUCAGGGCUGGAGUCAAGACCACUUAGAGACCCCUUUAGUGCAUCUAGUGGACUCUUUGCUUUUUCUCUUUUUUCUUCUCUUUCUCCACUCCCUUCCUUCCCUUGUAUUUUGCAUCCCUGUCUUCUAGUCUCUCCUCCCUUGCCUGUGUGUCCUGCUGAGUGCUGCUAAUGCAGUUCCUUUCUUCUUUCCUUCCUGAUUCUGCCUAAGGGAAUGGACCCAGGCUCUGCCCCAGGGAGGAUGGCUCACCCUGCUGUAGGGUGGGCUGAAGGCUAAGGGUGCUUCUUCCUCCUCCCCUCCCCACUGCCCCUCCUUGUGCCAUGGGCUGCCUCCCCAAUGGUCUGUGAAGGUAGAACACUGAGGUAGGAAGGAAACACUAGGUGGUCCUCAAGCAUGAACUGGCCUCUUCUGCCUUUGCCUUCUGCUGGAGUUUUGGCCUUGUCUGGCUCCCUAUGUGCCUCUGUGAGGAACUGAGUCCAGAGGUGGGCACAGCAGAGAAGAAAAAGCAAAAAAGAUGGGGUGGCAGGGAUUAAGUCACCUCUGUUCUCUACCUCCCAUGCAGUGAGUACACAGUCUCUUCACCUGGAUGCAUGAAUUUAAAGAUGGGGAUCCAGGCCUGAGGACACCAAAGGGCAAGGGGAGCCCCCGGGGUCAGAUACUGUACAGUCAGCUGUGAAUCGAGAAAGAGGCAAGAGCAGGUGUGAAGGGUUGGCUCCUAGAACCAGGGUUAGAGCAAGAGCUUUGGGCGCUUCAUAGAACAGUGAGUGCUAUGGCGACUGCAGUGCGUCCUGUGUGAGAACAUUUACCCAGACUCCCCGGCAGAGGUGACAAGUGAUGUCAUCAGUCACUCAACUUUCACUGAACCCAGCCUUUGGAAGUUGAAGUUUUCCCCCAGAGUCUGGACAACAGGCCUUAAAACAUGGGAAGAGAAGGCCACGUAUGGAUGGAAAUAACUUGGUGCUGUUCUGCCUUCCAGGACUCCCUCCCCUUGUUCCCUUAUUCUAAGUCUGCUUGUAGCUUUGCCAAUUGCUGUGUGGCUACCAAGGGAGGGACAGAGACACCCUCCUCCAGAGUUCUAUGCUCAGGAAGUUUCUUUAACCCUGUGGUCCAAGAGUAGCUUGAAGGAGGCCCCUAAAAAAAACAAAAACAAAACAAAAACCCAACCCUGGUAGGGUUCAUCCUUACAUUCCCAAGGUGGGAGGAGCUCAGGUAAGAGAAUAGUCCCAGGAUGCACUUCAAGGCUGGGGCUGGAGCCGAAGCAGAGGAAGCAUUGGGCACUGCCUGAGCGUUCACUGACCAAGGUCCUUUCAAAUCCAGGGCACGCUGUGAUGACAGAAAGCCCCACACCUCUUUAGUCCUCUAAAAAGGGAGAUGGGGGUGAAAUCACAAGGAAUGUCUCCCUGACUUAGCAAACCAGGAAGCUGGUGGCAGGAGAGAACAGCUCAGGAUUUCUGGUGGAGGGAAAAGGAAAAUGAGGAGAGCAGUCCAUUGUUCACUAAAGAGAAACAGAGUGUUGGCUCGAAGACUGGACCAUGACUGGCUGAGGUGGCUUCCUUGGGGACCUUCUCCUCGGUAGUACCAAGUCCUAGGUAGACUGACAAAACAGUGAGCCUGCCUGCCUCCAGGGAGGGACCUGAGGAGAGCUUCUACAGGGCACAGGCCCUAACCUGUCACAAGUGUCACUGUCUUCUUGUCCUAGCCCCUCAAAAAAGGACUUGAUCUUUACUACCUUGAGGAUUCUGGGAGGGAAUCUGGGGCUAUGAUUUUGUGGAGUCUGUACCAUGGUCACAGCUCUGAAGACGGCAACAGAAGAAAGCUAGGAUAUGAGGAGCACCUGUGCUCGCUCUCUUCCGGAGUGUGCCUCACCCUAACUGCCAGUCUGGGAGGUGGCUUGGGUUGUGUCAUUGGCCUUGACUGUUCAGCAGGCUUUCCUGGCCUGUCUGCCCCGUUACCUGAGAUCACCUCACCCUGGUACACCACCUGCGUCCCACUAUCUCCCUGUGAUGGGUGACCUUUGUGUACUGUGUCUUGGGUCCAUUAUAUGAAUUGUGAGCAGGGUUCAUCUAUUUUAAAACAAAUGUUUACAAAAUAAAGAAUAUUUCAAACCAUA